AUGAGCGCCGCAAAGAGGGCCCUGCCCGCCAAGGAGAGCGGCCUCUUCCGCGAGGUCCUCAACCUGUACGAGAGCAGGUCGUACAAAAAGGCGCUCAAGGCGGCGGACACCAUCCUCAAGAAAUACCCAGAUCACGGCGAGACGACAUGCAUGAAGGGCCUGAUCCUCACGCACACCGGGCACCGCGCCGAGGGCGUCGAGCUCGUGCGCAAGGGCAUCCGGCUCGAUCUUACGUCGCACAUCGUCUGGCACGUCUACGGCCUCAUCCAAAAGGCAGAAAAGGACUACGAGGGCGCGCUCAAGUCCUACUCCCAAGCUUUACGAUUUGACGAGCACAACCAAAACAUCCUGCGCGAUGCCGCCGCAAUGCAGGCCCAGCUACGAUUAUACGACGCAUUAGUAGAAACGCGGAGGACGCUGCUGGCCGUGCGGCCGAACGUGCGCUCAAACUGGAUCGGCCUCGCCGUCGCACUCCAUCUGGCCGGCGACGACGAAAAGGCCGCGCGCGUGCUCGAGGCACACGAGCGCAGCCUCAAGAACGUCCCGCCCAGGGACUACGAAUAUUCAGAGCUGCUGCUCUUCCACCUCCGCCUCCUCGCAGACUCGGCAGACCCCAGACGCGCGCUGGACUUUUUGGACGACCACGCGAUCGAGAUCGUCGACCCUAUCUCCAAACUGCUCUUCCGGGCCAGGCUGCUCGUCAAGCUCGAAGAUCCCGGCGCGGCGGAGGCGUGGCGGGCGCUCGUGGACAGGAAUCCGGACGAUACCGACUACAUCUCCGGCUUGAUCUCCGCUUCGAAAGCUACAGACGACCCCCUGCCCGUCCUCACGGACCUCGUCCAGGCACACCCGCGCGCAUCGGCCCCGCGCGAGCUGGCGCUCCUCCACUCUUCCGGCUCUGCCUUUACCGAUCUCGCACGGCAACAUCUCUCCAGCGGACUGAACAAGGGCAUCCCAAGUCUGUUCGCCACCACCAAACCUUUCCUCUCAAACCCGGAGAAGCUUCAAGCGAUCAGGGAUAUUGCGCUCGAGAUCAAGGAUGGCGCGCCGAGCACUGAGCCUACGCUAUGGCUCUGGACCGUCUACUUUCUCUCCCAACUCACAUCCUACGCCGCCAAAUACCGCCUCCACCCCUCGUACACACAAGAGUCCGCUCUAUCCCUCGUGGAAGAGGCCACGGCACAUACACCGACGCUACCCGAACUGUGGACGUUACGAGGAAAGAUCCUGAAGAGGAUGGGAGACCCGUAUGGCGCUGUGGACGCGGUCGAGGUCGCGAGGGAGUUGGACGGUCAGGACAGGUUCUUGAACUGGAAGAGCGGGAAGUACAUGCUUCGUGCGGGGCUGUUGGAAAAGGCGCAGGGCGUGUUGGGCUUGUUCACCAAAAAAGACGCGCCAUCACCAGGCAAGGACCUCGAGGACAUGCAAAGUACCGUCUACCUCCUCGAAUCCGGCCGCGCCUCGACACAAAACGGCGUCCUGCACCACGCGCUCAAGCGCUUCCACGCCGUCGCCAAGAUCUUCGACGACUGGACAGAAGACCAAUUCGACUUCCACGGCUACUCCGUCCGCCGCGGCGUGCUGAACGUCUACACCGACAUGCUCAAAUGGGCCGACACGCUCCGGACUCAACCGGCGUACAUCGCCGCCGCCCUGUCCGCCGCUGAGAUCUACAUCCGCGUCCACGACGACCCCACCCUCGCCCGUCCACCCCAAACCGAAGAGAACGGCGAAAAGUCGAAAAAGGCGAAGAAGAAGGCGCAGCAGGCCGCGCGCAAGGCUCAAGAAGCGGCCGCUAAGAACGCUUCGUCGAAACCGAUGGACCCGGACGACCCGCCUCCGCCCGUAGACGAAGAUCCUGAGGGAUUGAAGUUGCUCGGUGAUCCGGAGCCGUUGGAGAGAGCUUGGACUUUGCUACAGCCGUUGCGGACGUUGGAUGUGAAGGAUGCGAGUGCGUGGGUCGUCAUCGCGAAGGUCGCGCUCAGGCGAGGGAAGUACCUCCAAGCAGUCCAAGCCCUCACCAAAGCCCGCUCCCUCCACGCCUCCCCCUCAACCCUCCACCCCGUCGCGCUUCACCUAAUUCAUACCCUCACGACCUCCCCGCCCUCAGCCGACUCACCUUCAUCCUCGCUCCUCGCCGACGCGACCAAAUCCCUCCUCAGCGCCCUCGACCCCGAAUGCCAAGAAGGCGACUCGUGGGUAGAUGUGAAUGGGCGGUACUUGCAGAAGGCGCAGAGCGCGGAGGAGAAGCUCGGUGCUGCGCGGGCGAUGGUGGCGUGUGGCGAUCUGGAGGGCGCGGAAGGAGUUGUAUUCGGGAUCGUGGAUGAGAGCGGGGAGGGGCUGGACGUUGGGACGGCGGUAGACCUCUUAACGCUCCUGCGCCACGCAAAAUCAUCCCGCGCAGAGGAACUCAGGACAAGGCUCGCGGCCGACGCGCGGUUUGCGCGCGCUACGGUGUUCUUAUCGCCCGAAGAGCUCAAGGCGAGGGAAGAGGCCAAGGCGAAUGUGAAGGAGGAUGAUACUCUAGAGGUCAUCCGAUGA